UCAUUAUAUAUAAGAUAUAUGUCUCAUUUGAACUUCAAACAACUUCAUUUCAUUAACUACACUAUCACACAACAUAAUUGGGUAACUGGUUGAUCAAAAUCACCAUACGAUACGAUGGGCAGUGUUGGGAGUGAGACAGUGAUGGUGGAUGGGAUCCCUUUCCCUUCAAACCUCAGCCAACUCUCCUUAUUUGCCAAUGGGAUUACGGAUAUAGAGAUACACUUCCUCCAAAUCAAAUUCACAGCAAUAGGAGUUUACAUUGAUCCCCAAGUUGUGUCCCAUUUAACCAAAUGGAAGGGGAAAUCAGAAGCUGAGCUAGCACAAGAUGACGAAUUUUUUGAGGCCAUAAUCUCAGCUCCAGUGGAUAAGGCAGUGAGAGUGGUGGUGAUUAAGGAAAUCAAAGGGUCACAAUUUGGGGUACAGAUUGAGAGUGCAGUUAGGGACCGUUUGGCGGAAGCUGAUAAAUACGAAGAAGAAGAGGAAGAAGAACUAGAGCAAGUCGUUGCCUUUUUCCAGUCUAAAUAUCUGAAGCCAAACACUGUCCUCACUUUUCAUUUCCCCGCGGCUUCUACUCCUACUGCUGAGAUUGGAUUUUCAAGUGAGGGAAAAGAAGAGUCGAAAUUUGAAGUGAAGAAUGGAAAUGUGGUGGAGAUGAUAAAGAAAUGGUACUUGGGUGGGCCCACCUCAGUUUCCCCCACAACCAUCAGAUCUUUGGCUGCUGGACUAUCUGCCGAGUUAUCGAAAUAAAAUCGAUUAAUUUUAAUUAAUUAUUAAAGCUUGGCGGAAAAUGGAGGAUUUGUAUGUGGGUGGAUCUCUCUUUGUUUGUAGGAGGACGGAAGGGAAGCUACUUUGUCUUUUUAUGUGUAUAAAUUCAUUGUUAAGAGCGUGCAAGCUUUGAUGAGCUUGCAAUAAUGACUGGAAAUCUGAUACAGUAUUCAGAAAUUCCUUCCUUGGUUAUUUUCCUCGUCGUGUACAUUUUAUCUGUGUAUUAUUUGUAGACAUGUCAAAUCGGGCCUGCAGGGCAGGCUCACCCGCAGCCUGCCAAAAUCUGUCGUUUGGCGGGCCCGCCCCGCCAUCCCGCCAUAUAUUA